GUCCUCCAACGCGGGGGAGGGGGCGUUUAAUACCGGCGCCGUGAGAAAUCGGCGGAUCCGGUUUUCGCGCGUGUCGCACCUUCCCCCUUCCCCUUUCACGUGGCGACGCUUUCACGUCCCAGGAGAGGAAGAGGGGAGCGCAGACGUAAGCGCUCACCAGUCGGGUUACUGUUCGCGUCGCGUGGUGGUGGUAGUUGUUCUGCGGCCGAGGGCCUCCCGAUGGACGGCUGGAGCAGCGGCGCGCGACGGGUGAUGAAGGGGGGAGGGCGCGGGGGGAGCGCGAGGCUCCCGAAAUAGCGCGCGCCGGUCCGCGGGCAUGGAGCUGGUGCGUCGAGGCACCCUGGGGCCCCUGGUGGCCGCCGCGCUAGCCACGCUGGAGCGCCAGUCCGGCGGCGGCGGCAUGCGCGCCGGGGGCGGGGCGGCGGCGGCGGAGGCGGCGGCGCAAGAUUUUCGAUCCGAAGAACAACUGGACAGUGACAGCAGCGAAGAAGGCGAACCAGUGAAUACAGAAGGUGGGAACGAUUCAAGUCCAGACGAUGAAUCGACGCUCAAGUGUGGGGUCGCUGUGUGGUCAGGUUCAGAGUCUACUCACAGAACCUCAUCAUCUGAUAUGUCUUCUUCGGAAGAUGAGGCUGUCCAUGAGAGUAGUCAUCAGUGUGAGAAAGACCUAACAACAGGUUGUACGAAAGACUUCCAAUGGAUUCGCAAUUCAUCUGCGAAGGUGGACGAUCGUUCGAUGGCACGUGGGGAUGUGUUGUGCCAAGAGUCCGGUACGGCGGAUUCAAAGUCUUCCACGGGUAGCAUCAACGCUAUCGGGUUGGACGAUGUCCCGGAACGAGAGUACCAGAGCAGAUCUGCGCCCGCCGGUCGACCGCCCCGUUCCGACGGGAAGCACUCCGCGAGCGCCGCCGAAGACACGACGCGCCACCGCGGUCCCGGCGAGAGCCCCCCGGGUGGCGGGGGCGACACGUCGAAACUGCCCUCGCAGUGCCUGGAGCCCCGGGACCGCCGCCGACACCACAGCGGGGGCCGGCUGCAGAGGGACCAGAGGUCCAGGUCGACGGUGCUCUCGCACUCCCCCCGCUACCGCUCACCGACGCGCUCAGCGCACGCUCACCACUGGAGCUCCCCGGGCCCGUGCUGCUGCUGCGAGCCCUACCGCUGCUACGGCAGCGCGGGCCGGCUGGACAGCGCGGGGGACCUCAGCCGCUGCUGCGGCCGCCGCGCCGUCACGCCGUGCUGCCAGUGCGAGCAGCACGCGUACACGUGGAGGCAUGCGUCCAAGCCCCCGGGGGAGCUGGAGGAGCGGCUGAGGCGGCUCGAGAGCGACAAGGACUCGCUGCAGCUGCAGGUGGCCGUGCUGAACGACCAGAUCGACGCCCAGGCGGACAAGAUCGGCGACCUCGAGAAGAUGCUUGAGGAGAAGAGGAAGCAGCUCACCAACACGGAGGAUGUGCUGCAGAGGGAGAUGCUGGCCCGCUCGUCGCUGGAGACCCAGAAGCUGGAGCUCCUGUCCGCCCUGUCGGAGCUGAAGCUGCAGCAGGCGACCACGGAGCGCGACAACCUGGAUCUGCGGGAGAAGCUGGCGGAGGAGCGGCGCCGGAACAAGCCCCCCAUCGCGCCUCGGGCGUCCCUGGGCGCCGCCUCCACCCCGCUCGGCAACCAGGUCUCGGUCCAGUUGCUGACGACGUCCCCUUCGCCGAGCCCCGUGUCGUCGCACUCGGACAGCAGCCCCCGCAGGCUGAUGGGGCAGCCCAGCCCCGGCGAGGACGGCCAACAGUCGCAGACCCCGCCCACGAACUUCCGCCACUACGGCAGCCUGCCGAGGUACCGCGCCGCCAACGGCUCGGCGGUACUGGCCGGCCCGGCGGAGGGGAGCAGCCCGGUGAUGGCGGGCAGCGGCGUUCCGAGGAAGGGCGUUGCUUUCGGUAAAGGACACUCCUCUUUCCUCCCUUUCCACCUGCAGCAGCAACAGCAGCACCAUCAGUACCACCUGCAGCAACAGCACCACUUGCAGUACCCCCAGCACCACUUCGUGCACCACCAGGUGGUGCUGCAGAGGAGGGUGGGCGCCGACAAGAGCUACUCCACCCCGAACCUAGCGGAAACUGAGAAGGUGAUGAUGAUAGAAGACAGGUCGUCCGUGCCGCCAGAGGAUGACGAACAUUCUGCAACUGCCAACAACAUAUCACCCUCUUCGCAGGCAGGCCAACAGCUGCAAUUCAACAAAAAUAAGGGGAUCAAGAAAAUAUUCGGCCGGAUCAAGCGGAGCGGGUCGGGCAAUCUGGAGGACCUGACCGGCGAGGGGGAGUUCCGGAGGGGCGGCGUGCGGGCCACGGCCGGGCCCCGGCUCGGCUGGUCCAUCCAGCCUCCCCCCAAGCAGCUCCCCAACCUGCCGUUUGCGGACUGGGACAGCGACGCCGUCAGCCAGUGGUUCGUGGAGCUGGGGUUGGAGUGCUACGCCGGCGACGCCAAGCGCUGGGUGAAGAGCGGGGCGCAGCUGCUCGCGGCGUCGUCCCAGGAGAUCGACAAGGAGCUCGGAAUCAAGAACGGGCUGCACCGCAAGAAGCUGCAGCUGGCGCUGCUGGCGAGGCAGGAGAGCGUGGCGUCGCUGGACCCGCACCUGGGCCCCGCCGGCCGGCUGGACACGGCCUGGGUGCUGCGCUGGCUGGACGACGUGGGGCUGCCCCAGCACAAGGAGGCCUUCCUGGCGGCGCGCGUGGACGGCCGCCUGCUGCACCGCCUGGCGCUGGACGACCUGGCCGCGCUGCACGUCGCCUCGCACCUGCACGUGGCCAGCGUGCGCCGCGGAAUUCAGGUGCUGCGAGACCACAUGUUUGACGGGGACUGCUUGAAGAGGAGGUCGCUGCCGGACGACCCACCCCACCCUUCCCCCAGCGAGGUCGCCACGUGGACCAACCACCGCGUGAUGGAGUGGCUCAGGGUUGUCGACCUCGCAGAGUACGCGCCGAACCUGCGGGGCUCAGGCGUCCACGGGGGGCUGAUGAUCCACGAGCCCCGCUUCACGGCAGACCUGCUGGCCAGCCUGCUGUCCAUCCCCCCGGGCAAGACGCUGCUGCGACGGCACCUCAACACCCACUUCAAGGAGCUGCUGGGCCGCGACUGCAUCCAGGCGAAGCGCGACGCCGAGACCACGCUGGGAUACGUGCCCCUGUCCGCCACCACCAAGAUCAAGCUAGUGAAAAAGACCCAGUUUACGCUGAAGCGUAAAAAGUCAAAAUCAGAACUUGAUUUUGGCGACUUGGUGUGUCCGCUGGACCCCAGCAAGACAGGUGAAGCUACACAUGGUGAUGGAAUGAUACAAAAUACCUCUCCAAGAGCAGAUCUGGAUGUCUUUCAUGAAAACAAUGUACAGAGAAAGAGUCCAGAUCUCCAAACUGAUAAUACAUUGCCAGGAACAGGAAGGACCAGCAAUUUGUAAUAUUUGUACAAAAGCAAAAAUGCAGGAAGAAAGCUUAUUGACAUCCCUAAGACAUUGACAUCUGAUUUACUAUAUAGCGUGUGAAAAGUCGUUUGUUAAAAAUUUUGAAUAACUAAGACCAGUAUAAAUGUGACCUUAACUGAAAUAAUUUAACACAUUAUUAAACAGUCCAGUUUUUUUUUAAAUUACUGAUUAAUUCACUAAGAGAUCCAUAGUUUUUGUUAUAUUUUAAUGUUUUGUAACAUUUUAACAUUGGUAUUUCUAUUUACACUCAAUAUACAUACCAAGAAAAUAGUAUGUUUUUUUUUUAACAUGUAUUUUUAUUCCAGAUACACAAACUUGUACAGUAGCAUGUAAGAAAAUUAAUUAAUUAUGUGUGUACAUAUAUGGUUGCUUGCAGGAUUGUUUUUUUUGUCAUAGUUUUGUGCUUAGCAUGUUUUUUUGUUUAUUAUUAUUAUUUGUUUAUUAUUAUCAUACCAAAACUUACUGAUUAAUAAGCUCCUGUAAUGUUUUGUGAAUAACUAUUGUUAUGUUACUAUUUAUUUUUCAAGAAUUGGGCAAUCACAUUGUAUUUUUAAUGUAAGCUACUUGAAAUACUUGGAGAUGACUGGUUUGUUUUUACAAAAAAAUUAUAUAUUUUACAAUGUAGAUUAUUGUGUUACUUUCAAUUGGUAGAGCCAAGAUUAUGGUGUUAUAAAAAAGCAAAUUUUAUCACCAAACAAAGUGGGUUUCAUCUUUAUCGUCAUGAAAAUUAAAACACAUAAUAAGUACAUAUUCAAUAAUUCAUGGUAAGACACUUAAAAUGUGUACAUUAAACAGCAAUACAUGUAAGUUAAACAAAAAUUUACAACUGCAACUAAAACAUCUAUUUUUUUUGUAAAGUUUUUUAUUUUUUAAAAAAGUGAUAAUUAUAAAAAUUAAGCAGUGGCAGAACAAGAUUUUUUUUUAUAAAAGGAGGGGGGAGGGGAAAUUAAAAAAAAUAAUUUGGACAAUUGUAUCAAAAAAAUCUUACAUUACUAAAUUUACUAGUAUUGACACACACACUGACAUAUGGGCCUACAAUAUUAGCUGUAGGCGACGUGGCUUCUCACAGUAACAUACUGUCUUCACUGAUAUGUUGCUAAUUUUUUUCAUAACUUGGGUGAAGGUGAGAGGAUGAUAUAUCAUCCUAUCACCUCUACUUAUGCCACUGAAAAAAAGUACGGCUAAACAUUGUUUGUAAAUGCAAUAUCUAGAACCCAGUUAUAAUGGUUAUUUGGAUAAGUAUCUUAUAGCUAUUCCUUUUAUUUUUAAAGAAACUUGCGUUCUCAAAUCUAAACCAGAAAUAGUGAUAUCGAAACUACUAACCCUACUAAACUUUUUAGGCAGUGGGGGAAAAAAAAAAAUUUAAUUGAUCAUAUGGUGUAUUCCUGUUACCAACAUAUCUUUAAAUUAAAAUUUUACUUUUUGUGUGGUAUAAAAUAUAGACUGCUUUUAUUUACAUUACAGUUAACUCCCAACUAUCCGGGCCUGAAUUAUCCAUGCAUAAAUGUAGUUUGUUAGUUUGUUAUGAUCUUAAGCUGUAAAAAAAAUGUGGGUGUGGAGUCCACGCAUGAGAGAAGUGAAGCUUCUUGCUUAUCAUAUUACGUAUUACUGUAUUAGCAUUGAAUAUAUAUAACUUAUAGAAGUCGCGAGGGGAUAGGAUUUAUUAUUCCAAUUUUCGGAUCCAAAACUGUGGUAGUUGUUAGCUCCGCCGCUAGACAGCUCUUCUUUCCACAAGAGGGUGCUCGUAGUUACCAGCUUCCACGCUAGAGCGCUGUAGCGUCGCUUUUGUCAAGGUCAUGCGCGUAAUUCUCUGUCUCACUCUAUCGAGAGGCGGUGCCUUUUGUUGAAAUCCGAGCGCUCAGAUACGGGCGGGCGCAACUGAAAUGGAGAAGUACGGCCACCGAAAAAAAAAAGUGCGGUUAAAAGAUGCCAACAUCAAAAUUUAAGUUUUAAUUAUAAGAAAACUACAGAAAUUUCUUAAACGUAAUAACGUAAAAAAAAAUACUGACAUUCGUAGUUCAGAAUUUAUAAAAUGUUGUGUUAACGGAGUGGCGCAUUGAGUAAAAUGGCAAAACAUAAUUUGGAAUAAUUCUUGACGUUGAAUGAUUUUGGUAGCUAUGAAACAACUAUGGCUGCGAUGACUGUUCAAACGCGUGCACGUGUUGUUAUUAGUAACUGAAACUAAUGGUAUGAUGUCAUACUUUGUGGCUAUGCAGUUUAUAAUUUUUUUUAACAUAAGAUGAAGCAUUUUUACAUAAUGUUUUGGUUGUUUCGUAAUUCAAAAUAAAUAAUUUUAAACGUUAUAUGGUGAAUAUUCCCAGUAACGAAUGACCACUAAAAAAAUCAAUUUUGCCAACAUAGAUCUGAAAAGUUAACGAUUUACUAUGUUAAGUUGCUUAUAAAUAACGCACAUUUCCCGGAUCUCCAAAGAAAAUAAGAGUUUUUGUUAUAGCAUUGAGUUGCCACUCUUUAUAUUCCUUGCUUUGAGGUUAGAUACACAAGUUAUGCUCGUAAAAACGAUGCGCAAGUAUUUUGAAUACAAAUAUAUUUUCUUUUAAUAACCGAAAGGUAAAUAUUAUUUCCAUGAAAUAUAAUACAAUUAUUUAAACACAGACAACAUAUCAGAGCUAUUUUUUGUUUAUUAUUCCAUCUGGCGUGAUAAAUAUUAUAUUUUAAAAACAGUUUGUGGAUUUUUAUUAUAAAAUAAAUAUUUAUUUAUGACAUCAAUUUAAGUUGUUCAAAAAAUUCACUUUGGUAUGAAUUCAACCAAAUUCAUGUUAUUCAGGGCAGAAAAUUAGAAAAUUCCAAAAAAGAUUAUCUACAUUGCUGUUUUGUGUAAAUCUGUGAACGGACUUAGUAAGUGAUAUAUUUAUAAUUCCUCAUUUUAGCAACCCAUUUUAACACAAGAGAAAAAGAAUUUUAUACUAAAAAUUAUUAUGUUAAACCAUUAAUUAGCAGGAAACAUUUAUGAAUAAUCUAUUUAAAUUUGCAUUUGAACAGUGAAUAUUAUUUUGCAAUAAUAAAUAUAUUUUAUGAUCGUAUAUUACGGAUGAAAAGUUUGUAUUUCCAUCUAAUCAGAAGAAUUAUGACACAGUUAAUUAAAUUGCUUUACAAGUUUUUAUUCACAUGAAAAUCAUUAAAAAUUGGUUGGGAAGUUAUAUAAAUAUACAAAAACAAAUCAUUAUACAUACAAUUUUAUUAUAUUAGUGGAUUUAAAUUAAUGGUGUCCCAGUGACUACUGCGAAGAAAAAAAAAUCUUGCGAAAGGUUUCCUCGUAAUUGAAAUUCGUCAAAAAAAAAAAUCUAUCUCUCAUUUUUGGUGACAUUUUUGACAAGUGGUAGGAUGAAAUUUGAGACUGGCAAAUGAAUAUUGUGAAGCAAUAAACAAAAUAUCACAUUCGUGAACUACAAAUAUAUAGUUGUUUUUAUUUUAUAGUAAAAGUAUAUCUAAUAACCCGUGGCUUCGCUCACGUAAUUUCCGGGUAUUGCUGAUAUUCUACCAUUUUAAGAAAAGUAUGUAGGUAUUAAAUUCCAAAGAUUUUUGAAGAAUUAUACACAAAGAACUGUCAAGUAUAGAACAUAUUUAAUAAAUAAAAAUAUUUUUACGACUUAUUUUUAAUUGGUUUAGCGUAAGCCUAUUUUAACUUUUAUUUAAAAUUAAGUACCUACCUUAUUUUCUAUCUCCCGGUUUAGUGACUUUGAGAAUAUAUUUUUCCUUGAUGAAAUCUUAACUCUUUUCCAUCUGACGAAGAAGCCAAUUAAAAUAUAAACUAAGACUCGCGCACUUAUUGUAUGUUAAGACUGCCAUCGUUUUAAAUUACUGUAAUUUUUUUAGUUAUAGUCAUGCUUAGGAUAAUAACAUAAUAUGCCUUAUUACGCAUACAUUUCAGUAUUCAUGAAACCAAUGCAUUUUUAUUUGAAAUGUAGAGCAGUUAGGCCAGUUACCAAAUUUCUUAUCUCGCAUAUUGAUUUUUUGGUAUGGCUAGUAUUACUUAAACUAAAUUUUUGAAUUUUCACUGAUGUACUCUUUUCCCUUUUCUAUGUGAUUGAGAAAAUAUAGCAAUAUACGUAAACCAAUUAAACCAAAAUCAUCCUGAAUUUUUAUUACCGAAAAAAGUUAAAUACAAAAAAUUUUAAUAUGCGUAUUUUAUUAUUGAAUUUAUAUAUAUCUUGCCAAUACUGAUUUAGUGGGUUCCAUUUUUUUUAUUUUUAAAAAUAAUAUCUACCCUGUUUUACUACUUAAUAGAUAACGUUGAAUAAGAGAAGGUUGUUUAAGGUAUGUUGAUUUUCCUUGCCAAUAUCUAAAAGUAAAUUUGUACAAACGCGAAAUAUAGUUAAAAAUAUUUUGAACGGAACACUGACUAUUGGCCCAAUACAAAGUUUUAAUAGCUAAUUUUCACUUCACUCGGGUACAGAAUCCCAUCAUUCAGUGAUUUCCGUGGCUAGCUUCUUUUGGGAUUUCAUCAUUCUCAAACGACGGUAAAGGAAGCUCCUCUUCAAGGUCGCCUAACGAUGCUGAUAAGACCUGCCGGGUAAUUUGAAUCGUUGGUCUUGGAUUUUCGAAGGGUUGGUUGUGUGGGGGGGGGGGGGGGGGGGAUGAAGGAUGAUGUCACGACUGGGCUGGUUAACCUAGUUCUGCCAAAUACCACCAGGGGCGUAUACGGCCGAUACCCAGCGAUGAAAGCGAUCGCAGCGGCGGAGCUUGGAACUACAACAAUUCUUCUGAGAAACCGGACAGAAAAUUUAACCUGGGCUCGCGACUUCUAUACAUUAUAUAUAUUCAAUGGUAUUAGGGAUAGGAAACAUGAUUCUGUUUGGUUGAGUUCACAGAUAAAAAAAAUAUAUAUGCAAGUGUAUUGCAUAAAGUGUGAGUAUGUGAGUGUGAGUGUGCAAGUAUGCAAUUGUGGAACUAUGCAAGUGUGUGAUUAUCUAAGUGUGCAAGCAUGGAAGUAUACUGCUUCAUUUCCACCUCUCCCCUGCCGUCUCCUUCUCUACUGGUUCCCGCACCACGUACCUAACUAUAUUCCCUCAGACGAUCGGAAUUUUCGUAACUCUCGAAAAUUUUAAUCCCCUCAGCAAAUAAGUUUCACUUCAAAAAAAACAGAUAGCAUCACUCAGGCACAUUUUUUCCCUUGGCCGUUCUAUAUUUUUUUAACCACCCUGUUACUGUGUCGGAAAGCUUUUUGGUGUGAACCCAUCUUAUCUCCCACCCUCUCAGCUUUUACGUUUGUCACACUUUAAACCCAUGGGGGAUGCCUGCUGUUUCACGUCUCCAGUCUCCACCUUGUUUGUUUCAAGUGCUGUUAUCAGCCCACCCAUUGGCCUGGGCAGGUGCCCGGCCAGUGAAAUGACUGGCUGGCACACCAGUGUGCUUGUUUUGUGAAAGGACAAGGAACUGCGAAGAAAUAAUGUCUUGCCACAGAGAGGUAGAAAAAAAUAAGUACGUGGAGAGAAUGGAGGGGAGAGGAGUGCGGGACUGCCGCCUCUCCAGCAGACGGAGAAAGACCGCAUGGUGACACAGCACAGUGUCGUAUUGGUUACGUCCUGAUUAGCUGAGAUGUAGUAUCCAACUACUGAGGACAAAUAUGUGGUGCAACCCAAAUUCGAAUGGAUUACCCGGUAUUUUUUUUUACAGAAUUUCAAUUAUCCGGGUAUCGGCAGGUCCCAGUGAACACUAAUAAUCGAGAAUUUACUUACUUUGAAAAAAAAAUCCAUAUGUAGUAACUAAAAAAAAAUGUUUUUGCUUACAAAGGGAGGGUCCGAGUAGGGGCUCACCGAUUUGGCUUAAACUGUGUGAGUGGAUUGCCAGACAACGCUCUUGAUCACUGCGCUACGCUGCUGACUUGACAAUUCAUGAAAAAAUAUCCUUUAAACUCUACUUUUUAAAACCUUUAAAGAGAUUUGUCUUGCUUCCUAGGACCCACUCAGGCUAUAUAUUUUAGGAUGUUGUAAGGGGCAUCUACCACCUAGUACCUGCUUCUACUCACACAGUUUAAGCCAAAUCGGUGAGCCCCAACUCAAACGCUCCCCUUGUUAGUACAUGUAUAUAAUAUACUAGGUUUUUAAAUAAAAACCUAAAGUAAAAAUUUAUGAAAUUCUACAUUUCAAUAAAACAAAAUUUGCUAAUUCAAGUUAAUUUUGCUGCCAUUUGUGUUUUGACUUCAAUUUCGCUGUUAUUUCAGUUUUAGUGCUAUUCACCACAAUCUUGCCUCUACCAAUCAGUUUAUCAAUCUUUUAUAAAGUAAACAGUUUUUGUUUUAAAUUAGUUUUAUAGUUGUGAAUGUUCACAAACAUUUAUAGCGUAAAAAUGAUGAAUACUUUUUUUAAAUUAUAGUAAUUGUAAAAGUUUUAUUAAACUAUCGUAAAUUCAACGUACAAUAAAAAAAAAUUUAUAGGACGUUUUUCUACAUUACUGUAUGGUCAGAAUGUUAGUUAGCUGGUACUAAAUUUCUGCCUAAAUAUUUCUUACAGAAUACACUGCCAGUUAUUUUAGCCUGUUUAUGAUGCUUGUGGGGUUAUAUUGUAGCCUACUUUGGAAGAAUAUUUUGUGUGUAAAAGGGCAGUGUGUGUUAUGUUUUUAACUGUGACUCUGCAGUUGACUUGCUCAUGCAGUGUAGACUCCUGGCAUAGCCGGACUGUCAGAGGGAGCGAUGCAUGCAGAGGUACCAUAGAUUCUCGCCGCCCAGUGUGUUUGCUUUUUUUUUUGUGUGUGUCUUCAAACACCAGCGAGUGCUUGUGUUUUUGUCCACUCUCUACUUUUAAAUGUCUAAGUUAGUAAACAUAGUGGGCUGUUACCAUUCUUCGUACCUCACUCUCCGAUUGUAGCACAUGCACGUUUUACUGCAAAGGGGCACAAGUCACAAAAUAGGUUGUAAAAAAGUAAAUGCAGUGAUAACAGAUAAACUGCGGAAGGUAUCUGUGAAGCAGUUCAGAGUGCAAAAGUGAUGUUUGCUUUUAGGCUCAUUCUGGUUGGCGCGGUAUUAAUUUUUUUAUUUAAAUAUAACUUCAGUUAAUUACCUUUCAGACAUUUUAAUUGUAUUAUAAGUUUAUAACUUUUCAUAGUACAUACAUUCUAGUUAUUGAGUAGUACAUUAAAGGAGUAGUAUCAUAAAUUAUGCUCGUAUAAAUUCAUAUUUUUGCUCAUGAGUUUAUAAAAGGUUCUAUCAAUUUGUGAAGUUUUCAUUGCGUGGUAUACAGUAUACAGUGUUUAAAAUGAAAAAUGUCUUAAAACUAUUUAGUUUCAGGAUAUCAUUAGUAAAAAAUAAAGAUAGACUUUCGAAACAAAAACUAGAAACUAUAUUUUAAGGAUUUUGUGAAAAUAUAAUUGUUAUUUAUUUAUGAAUGUUAUUCAAAAAAUAGAGUACGGCAUCAAAAACUUUACAGAAAUUGUUUAUUCCGAAGUAUAACACGCAAUGUUGUGCCUGCAAAUAAUGCCAGGAUAAAAAUAUAAAUUGGCCUUUAAGGUUCUCAGAACCGUUAAAGAAUAAUAACUGAAGUUAUAAAACCAUCAUAAACUAUGAAAUACUUAUCUAUUAUUUAUUCGGUUUUAAUCACUGUAAAAAUAUACAAAGUUAUAGAUGACUAAUAAUUUAGGAAACUACCCGCUUAAAGUAAUUCUCUCUGACAGUAUUUUUUUUUUAAAUUCCACGAAGAUGUUUUA